AUGCUCUUGGAGUUUACCAAAGUGUACCCGGUGUUUUCGUGGUCCUGGGACAUCUGUGGCGACGACAAUCUGCCAAAAGAGAACGAGGGCGGUGAAGAAGACGUUUGUGGGAUUUGCCGCGUCAGCUACAACGGGACGUGUCCCAGCUGUAAGUUUCCUGGCGACGAAUGUCCGCUUGUUGUGGGUGAGUGUAAUCACAACUUCCAUGUUCAUUGCAUUCAGCAAUGGCUUGACACGGCUACAGCCAAAGGGCUGUGUCCGAUGUGCAGACAGCCGUUUUCUCUAAAACGAGGAGUGGCCAUCAACGAAUGUCAAAUGGACCGUCUUGCGAAGCUUCUGAUCCACGCUCAACCGGCAGGUUUGAGCGAUGACCAGGACUUGAUGAUGGAACAAGAGUUUGUGGUGCGUUAA